AUGAGUCCUGAAAACUGGACUCAGGUAACAGUGUUUGUCCUUCUGGGUUUCCCCAGUAGCCACAUCCUGCAGUCCCUGCUGUUCCUGGUGUUGAUGGUAACCUACAUUGUAACAGCCACAGGCAACCUGCUGAUUAUUGGGCUCAGCUGGACGGACCGACGCCUGCACACCCAGAUGUACUUCUUCCUGAGGAACCUGUCCUUCCUGGAGCUGCUGCUCGUGUCUGUCGUGGUUCCCAAGAUGCUUGCCAUCAUCCUCACAGGGGACUGCUCUAUCUCAUUUGCCAGCUGCAUCAUCCAGUCCUACCUCUACUUCCUCCUAGGAACCACCGACUUCUUCCUCUUAGCUGUCAUGUCUCUGGACCGGUACCUGGCCAUCUGCCGGCCACUCCGCUAUGAGACGCUGAUGAGUAGCCGUGUCUGUUCCCAGCUCGUGCUGGCCUCCUGGCUAGCAGGAUUCCUCUGGGUCCUUUGCCCCACUAUCCUCAUGACCGGCUUACCAUUCUGCGGCCCCAAUGGCAUUGACCACUUCUUCUGCGACAGUUGGCCCUUGCUGAGGCUCUCCUGUGGGGACACUCGCCUCCUGGAGCUGGUGGCUUUUGUGCUCUCCACCUCAGUGUUACUGGGCUCGCUGUCACUGACCUCCGUUUCCUAUGCCUGCAUCCUUGCCACUGUCCUCAGGGCCCCCACAGCUGCGGAGCGGAGGAAAGCGUUCUCCACCUGCGCUUCCCAUCUUACAGUGGUGAUCACUGUCUACGGCAGCUCCAUCUUUCUCUAUAUUCGUAUGUCAGGGCCUCAGUCCACGCUGCUCAACAAAGGUGCCUCGGUCCUGAGCUGUAUCCUCACACCCCUCCUAAACCCGUUCAUCUUCAGCCUCCGCAAUGACACGGUGAAGCAAGCCCUGAGAGACGCCCUGCGGUGGCGCAGACCCGUGGCUGGGACAAACCAGGAGGGUCGCCUGUGA